AUGGGUUUAGACAACUUUUCCCAAGAACUCAUAGAGAUCAUUCUGUUAUUGAUAAAGGAUGAGCAAACACUCUUACUCGCCCAACGAGUCUGUCGACGCUGGGCCCUUCUCAUACAAGGCUCCCGGGCACUCCAACAAGCCCUAUUCUACCAGCCUAUCGAAUCCACACCCCCAAAGAAAACCACCCCACGACAAAAUCCCUUGCUAGCAGCAAAGUUUCCAUACUGGUUCCCCAAGGAGGAUCAGAUAUUCCGCGAUAUCUUAUAUGGGGCUGGGGACAUGCAAUACUUUCUAGACAAACACGCCGCAUGGCUCCGUCCAAGCGCAAGUUGGCGCCGAAUGCUGGUCCAACAACCCCCAGCAAUGUCGCUCGGCUGGAUAGACCGCCAAGAGACAUUUACCGCCCAUGUCGUUAUGCGCCAGUGGGAACUUUCAUUGGAAGAGUACGGUGGGCUCCGUAUGAACAUGCUAUACGAUCUGGUUGUCAGAUCCGCGGAAAAAGCGGCACAGUUCUUUUACUGGAGGAUGCAUUGGAACCGUCCUGGCUUGGAAAGAUCUUCUAUCAGGUGUAAUCCGGAUAUCCAGAUGGACAGUAUAGACUACUACCUCGAAGCGAUGAUGUCGGCCAAUGCGCAGACGGAUAUCGUGCUUGAUACGUGGAGCACACUACAUCCUGGACCUCAUAUUAAGAUGGAAUUUGGUAAGGAUACUUGGUCGUGGGAAUUGGUAGAAGGACUUGAAUCGCCGAUGGGAGAUGUAAAUCUUGAUGCAGUCUAUGCCUCGAGAAAAGCUAAGGAGCCGCGAAGCUGGGAAGUGAGCCUGGAGACCUGGUAUGCGGAAGAAGUGCAUGGGUUUGGGGAUGGAUACCCUCUUCUGGGUGACAGUGAUCCAGAUCUGUGA